AUGAGAAGGCGGGAUGAGAAGCUCGUUGCGCGGUCUACCUCACUCGUAGCACGGGCCCCGUCACUCGUUCCACCGCGGUCUCCGUCCAAGUCGCCCAAGACCCCGCGGCCGAAGCUGCAGCAUGCUCCGACUGGUUCGAGUAGGCAUCUGCUGGGCCGAGAUAUCGGCCUGAUCCGCUCCUGCUACCGGAGGGCCCGUGCCUUCUAUGCCGAUCGGCGUGACGACCUCUAUGAUCACGACACCACGCUGCAAAAGGCGAUCUGGUCCAUGGUCGUGGCCAUGCGGGAGGUUAUGAAGGAGAGGCGCCGCAUCGCUGGGCUGCUAAUUGCGGGUGCGGCCGCCGAGCAGUUGAAGCAGCAACUGAUGGAGGCGAUGGUGGAGCGCGCCGCCGAGCGCUCCGAAAUGUUGCAGGCGCAGGCCAUCGCCGAGACGAUGUGCCAAGACAUGGGGAAGUUGAGCACCUCACGCUUCAUGACGAGCUUCUCCUACAUCCGGAGCAUCCUCUUCGGUGACUUGGAGGUGGAGCCUGAGGCUGUGCUCCAGACACUCCGGGAGAAGGCAAAGAGCACGGAGAAGGACCGGCGGCAGCUGUCCAAGAACGUUGUCAGCAGCCUCUUCAGCAUUCUUGCCCUGCUCCAUGAUCCCGAGUGGCAAACCGUGUGGGAGAACUACAAGUUCAGUGCUGCGGGUGUUGCGGAUGAGGGUGAGGUGAGUGAUGAUGGUAAGAAGCCUGAUGAGCCCAGUCAGAGCCAGCGUUACAAGCAGCAGCUGUUCGCAAACUUCUGGUCCAAACCAGACCCGCAGCCAGACCCGCGGCCAGACCCGCCGCCCGACCCGCGGCCGGACCCGCGGCCGGACCCGCGGCCGGACCCGCGGCCGGACCCGCGGCAAGAGCCGCGGCCAGACCGGCGGCCAGACCGUCGGCCAGACGAGGACGCACGGAGCAGCGAAUCUAGAAGUGAGGUCCCUGAUGAGAAGGAAUUGAGGCGGAGGAGCACCCUGGAAGACAUGAUGAAGGACUACAAGUUCGAGAGCGAGUCUGUGGGGAGCGCCAGCGAGGGCAGCUCACCGCAGCUGGAGUAUCCCGCUCCUUUCUUUGAAGUCCCCAGUCCAAGCGAGAGGGCAGCACCAAUUCAGCAGAAGGCCGGGUGGCCAACAUCGGAACUUUUCCAGCGGAUUCUUGGGUUUUUGGGGGUUGGUUGGGUUUUGGCCGCGUCUACCUUAAAGAUGGGCACUCGCAAACAAGGGGUUCUGGGAGGGAGCUCUCCUUAA